AGUCGCUACCGCAAUUCUUCCGCAAACGCAAUGGACUCUAAUUCAGUCGUCAGCAGACGCAACUUUGCUGUUCUUUUGUCUACAAUUUCUCAUCUUUCAAUUGUCUUCCUACUUACAGACGCUAAAGAUACUUGUUGGCCUUUUAACUAUGAAAAAACAUGCGAAUGGGGCGAAGUAAUAUUAAUGCAAACAGCUCGAUUUGGGAGGUGGAAAAGGAGGAGUAAUUGUUCAACGUUACCCUAUGAUACGGGUUGUUCCUUAGACUCUUUGAAGAAUCUUGAUACGUUGUGUUCAGGAAAAAAUCGUUGCUCGUUCCAUGUCGCCAGUAAUCUACCGUACGUGCGAUUCCAAAGCGAGUGUAAAGUUAAAAAUAAAGAUGUUAUGCCUUAUUUGGAAACGUUCAGCGAAUGUAUUAGAGUUGAAACGGAAUGCGGUCGUACUAUUAAGAAAAAGAAUGGUUUCCUCUCGUCUACAAGGGCUUGUUCCGAACCUUGGAUUAUUUCCGGUAAAUCCGGCCAACAGGUUGAGUUAUUCUAUUAUGAUUUUGGUCGGAAUUCUGAAACUGGGAAAUGCGUUGUUCAAGUAAGGGAGGACGGAGGACGGAUGCAGACUGUAGAAUGCGUACGUGAUCCGAGGCAACGUCGAUUGGCCUUGUAUGUUAGCCGAGGGCGUCGACUAGGCGUCACCAUGCUCGAUGAACCGUCGGGCGGUGCUAUGCUGAUUGAAUAUCAGAUCAUCGGCUGUCCGCAUCCUAAGCAUACCAGGCAAACGCAUUACCGGCGAUUCGACAACAAGCUGCAAGCCAUCUGCAACCGGACAGGAACUACCACAAUGCUCACCUGCAAUGGAACGCAUUGGGUAGGGGAAUGGCCAGAUUGUGGACGCCCUUCACCGUCAGAUGCUUCUUGGAAGGACGUCAAAUGGGGAGGAGUCAGUCUACCUUAUGGGGUUUGGAUCGUUAUCAUUAUCGGGAGUGCCCUUAUCGUUAGUCUUCUAAUUCUAACAACGGGCUUAAUAUUCCUUCGAAGGCAGAUCCGCUCUAGGGACGAAUCAGCAGAAGACUCUAUGAAGGACGUCGUCCUAAACAGGAGUACUGGGCCCAACAGCGGCUUAUAUGAAAGUCGGACGGGAACGUUGUUAAUUCGAGGUCACCCCAUAUACGAGACUGCAACGUUGGAGAAUAACGAACGAACUUUGCUGAAUAAUCAAUGUGUUCACGCGACUGUGCUUAGCAAGCCAUUGUGAAUGGGCAUUUAAAACAAAGGGUAUAAUGAUUGAAGAGCAUCGAACUUAACGUCGUCUACCAGGUGGAAGAAACAGUUUGGGAUCUUAACGACAGUACGAACAAUGAUUGAUAAACAAUACUUCCUAUAAUGAAAUCUCGAGCCUUCGUAUAUAUUUAUAUAAAGAUAUAUAAAUAGUUGUUACUGUAUAUAUUUAUAUAUAUUUACUUUCAUAUAA